AUGACGCGUGGGGGCCGUCGCGUCGACCCACCGAGUCAUAUAACGCACCCACACCCCGUCCCCGUCCCGUUUCGACUUUCGGCUCCGCCCGCGCGGUACCUUUACCCCGCGAACCCCUCGCCUCCGACUCCGCCGCCGCCGGUUCGGAUGCCGCCCAAGCGAGGCCGUGGCCGUGGCCGAGGCCGAGGCCGCGGGCGCGGGAGACCAAGGAAGGACCCCGUCGCCGAGGACUCCGCGCACGCCACCGAGGAUAACGGUGAAAAUAAGGGUGAUGAAGAGAUGCUUCAACCACAGGAUUCUGCUAAUGAUAACGGUGAAAUCAAGGACGAGGACGAGAUGCUUCAACCACAGGAUUCUGCUACUGAGAAUGGAGAUCAAGGGAGCGGGGAAGCCCUGAGACCUGCACGGAAGCGAAAGAGGGAUCCUGUUGCUGACAUAUCUUCUCUUCAAUAUGAUGCCAAGCGUCUUCGGGACAGGCCGCCUGUGACAGUGCAGCCUAAGAGUACAAAAAAGACGGAUGGUACUUCAGCUAUGUGUCAUCAGUGCCAGAGAAACGAUAAAGGAAGAGUUGUAAGGUGCCAGGGCUGUAAAAAACAUAGGAGGAGAUACUGUGUGCCAUGCAUCACACGCUGGUAUCCAAAUUUAUCAGAGGAUGAUUUUGUGAAUAAGUGCCCGUUUUGUCGCAAUAUUUGCAAUUGCAAGGCUUGUCUGCGAAUGAAAGUACCAAAAGAGGCAGAGAAUGUCAACUGGAAGGUGUCCAAAGAAGAUGAAAUUAAAUUCUCUCUGCGUACUGUGCACUUUCUGCUCCCUUGGCUGAAAGAACUCCACCACGAGCAGAUGCAAGAGAAAAGUGCCGAGGCUGCAACUAAAGUAGGGAUUGAAGCAGGCAAACUGGGGGUCCCUCUAACCAUUUGUGGAAAAAAUGAACGUAUAUACUGCAACAACUGCAGGACAUCUAUCGUUGACUUCCACAGAACCUGCAAUAAAUGUAACUACGAUCUCUGUCUGCGGUGCUGCCAGGAGCUUCGUCGAGGCCUUGUUCCUGGUAAUGGUGCCAAGGCUGAUGGUGAAGGCAAGGAAGAUUUGCAAUUGGGAGUUAGUCAUGAUAAAUUUGUAUGUAAAGGGCCAUCUGAUGAACAGAAUGGCAUGUUGAUAGAUAAUGUAGUUCCUGCUGACAACAGCACUUCUAGCUUGAGACAGUGGAGUGUGAAUAACGAUGGAACCAUACCUUGCCCACCAAAUGCAUUUGGUGGGUGUGGGAGCUCUCUUCUUGAACUUAAGUGUUUGUUUGAAGAGAAGUUCAUUGCUGAAUUACUGGAGAAAGCCAAUUCAGUGGUCAAUAAUGGCUCAAAGGUGAAGAUGGAAGGAUCAAAAUGUUCCUGCUUCACUGAAUUCGGUGACAUGGAUGAUGGUAUAUCGCGGAAAUCGGCUUCCAGGGAGAAUUCCUGUGAUAACUACAUAUAUUGCCCAACCGCUACAGAUGUCCAAAAUGGAAGCUUAGAUCAUUUCCAGGAGCACUGGUUGAGGGGUGAACCUGUAAUUGUCCGUGAUACGCUUGCAUUGACUUCUGGAUUAAGCUGGGAACCGAUGGUUAUGUGGCGUGCCUUACGAGAGAAGAGAGACAAAGUUGAAAGGCUCUCAGUUCUUGCUCUUGAAUGCUUGGGUUGGUGUGAGGUUGAUGUAAACAUUCAUAUGUUUUUUACGGGGUAUUCACGUGGGCUUGUUGGUCCAGACGAUUUGCCCCUGUUACUUAAGCUUAAAGAUUGGCCACCACAUCGUUCUUUUGAGGAGCGGCUGCCUAGACAUGGUGCAGAGUUUAUGUCUGCGUUGCCAUUUCGCGAUUACACAGAUCCUAAAUGUGGCCCUCUUAAUCUGGCAGUAAAGCUUCCUGAGGGUGUUAAUAAGCCAGACCUUGGUCCAAAGACUUAUAUUGCAUAUGGUGUUUCCAAAGAGUUGGGAAUUGGUGAUUCUGUCACCAAGCUUCACUGCGAUAUGUCUGAUGCGGUCAAUAUCCUCACACAUACUGAUGAAAUAAAACUCAAAGCAAAAAGGAUUGCAGCAGUGGAAAAGAAGAAGCAUUGUUUAGAAAUGAAGAGUCUCUCUACCAAGGAAGAGGGAAAUGUACCCGAAGAGGGAAAUGUGCCUGGACUAAUUACCGUGGUUCCUGAGUCAGAAGAUGACGCCCCAUCCGUAGAUGAAAACCAAGCAGAGGGUGGUGCAUUGUGGGAUAUUUUCCGACGGGAAGAUGUGAGCAAACUGCAUGAUUAUCUAAUGAAGCAUGCAGAUGAGUUUAGGCAUUGCAACUUUGAGCCAGUGAAGCAGGUUACUCAUCCUAUACAUGAUCAGUGUUUUUAUCUAACAAAUGAGCACAAGAGAAAGCUUAAGGAAGAAUAUGGAGUCGAGCCUUGGACAUUUGAACAGAAGCUAGGUGAGGCAGUAUUUAUCCCAGCAGGAUGUCCCCACCAGGUUAGAAAUUUGAAGUCUUGCAUAAAGGUUGCACUUGACUUUGUUUCUCCGGAAAAUGUGCGAGAGUGCAUCAGGUUAACAGAAGAAUUCCGUCUGCUUCCGAAGUGGCAUAGGGUGAAUGAAGAUAAACUUGAGGUUAAGAAGAUAGCUCUUCAUGCACUCAAUCAAGCUAUUAAAGAUAUCACUGAUGGAUCAUCUAAUAGCAAUGGAAGCAGCCCAAAUAACGAACUCAAAGAUGAGCCUAGCUCAAGUGAGUCAGCGGAAAUGGAGCAAGGAGAGUGA